AGUCGGCAGCCUCCGGAGCUGCUGAUUGGCUUUCUGGGUGGCGCCUGUGUCGGCCUCCGCGCCAGUUUCGGGCUGGUUGGCGCGGAAUCGGAAGACUCCGGGACCAUGGCGCUGGCGUACGGCGAUGACUGCGAGCUGGGGGCGAGCGCUGUGUCAGAUUCAGGGAGUUUUGUAACUUCUCGAUCCCGGAGAGAGAAGAAAUCAAAGAAAGGGCGACAGGAAGCUCUGGAAAGACUGAAAAGGGCUAAAGCUGGUGAGAAGUGUAAAUAUGAAGUAGAGGACUUCACAAGUGUUUAUGAAGAAGUUGAUGAGGAACAGUACUCGAAGCUGGUCCAGGCCCGCCAGGAUGACGACUGGAUUGUGGAUGAUGAUGGUAUUGGCUAUGUGGAGGAUGGCCGAGAGAUUUUUGAUGAUGACCUUGAAGAUCAUGCCCUUGAUUCCCAUGAGAAAGGAAAAAAUAAUAAAGCAUGCAGCAAAGACAAGAGGAAUGUCAAGAAGGCCAUGGUGACAAAACCGAACAAUAUCAAGUCAAUGUUCAUUGCCAGUGCUGGAAGGAAAACCGCAGAUAAAGCUGUUGACUUGUCCAAGGAUGAUCUGCUAGGUGAUAUUCUACAGGAUUUGAACACUGAGACACCUCAAAUAACUCCACCACCUGUAAUAAUACCGAAGAAGAAAGGAUCCAGUGGAGCUUCACUGAAUCCUUUCUCUAUGCACACCCCCAAGGCAGCUCCUUCAGGAAAAACCACUUCCCCGGUCUCAAGGAAGGAGCCUUCAUUAACCCCUGCCCCUCUUAAAUGUGCUGGAUUUGCUGGAGAGCCGGUGCUGGCAUUGCGUACAGUUGACCAGGAGGAGUCAGGGGCAAUGGAUUUUGAAGAUGGCGACUUUGAUGAGCCCAUGGAAACGGAGGAGGUGGAUGUGGAGCCGGUGGGUGCCAAGACCUCCGACCAAGAGAGGGAGCCAGCAGAGGGGACAAAACAUGAGGCAGAUCCUGGGAAAGGGACCAUAUCCUACUCAGCAAGUUUUCUCCCAGAUGUCUCUUGUUGGGACAUUGAUCAGGAAGAUGACAGCAGUUUCUCAGCCCUGGAAGUUCAAGUGGAUUCCAGUCACCUCCCACUGGUAAAAGGGGCAGAUGAGGAACAAGUAUUUCAGUUUUAUUGGCUGGAUGCUUAUGAAGAUCCGUACAGCCAACCAGGUGUGGUGUUUCUAUUUGGCAAAGUUUGGAUCGAAUUCGCCCAAACCCAUGUGAGCUGUUGUGUCAUGGUGAAAAACAUUGAGCGAACGCUCUACUUCCUUCCGCGUGAAACGAAAAUUGAUCUAAAUACAGGGAAAGAAAGUGGAACUCCAGUUACAAUGAAGGAUGUUUAUGAUGAAUUUGAUGAGAAAAUAGCAGCAAAAUAUAAGAUUAUGAAAUUCAAGUCCAAGGCAGUGGAAAAGAACUAUGCUUUUGAGAUACCUGAUGUUCCAGAGAAGUCGGAGUACUUGGAAGUUAGAUACUCGGCUGAAAUGCCACAGCUUCCUCAGGAUUUGAAAGGAGAAACUUUUUCUCAUGUAUUUGGGACCAACACAUCCAGCUUGGAACUGUUCUUGAUGAACAGAAAGAUCAAAGGACCUUGUUGGCUCGAAGUAAAAAAUCCACAGCUCUUGAAUCAGCCAAUCAGUUGGUGUAAAGUUGAGGCAGUGGCCUUGAAACCGGACCUGGUGAACGUAAUUAAGGAUGUUGGUCCUCCUCCACUUGUGGUCAUGUCUUUGAGCAUGAAGACAAUGCAGAAUGCAAAGACACAUGAAAACGAGAUUAUUGCUGUGGCAGCAUUGGUGCAUCACAGCUUCGCACUAGAUAAAGCACCCCCACGGCCUCCCUUUCACUCACACUUCUGUGUUGUGUCUAAACCAAAGGAUUGUAUUUUUCCAUAUGAUUUUAAAGAAGGCAUUAAGGAAAAGAAUGUGAAGGUUGAGGUUGCUGCAACAGAAAGAACACUGCUAGGUUUUUUCCUUGCAAAAAUUCACAAAAUUGAUCCUGAUAUCAUUGUGGGUCAUAAUAUUUAUGGGUUUGAACUGGAAGUGCUACUUCAGAGAAUUAAUGUGUGCAAAGUUCCUUACUGGUCCAAGAUAGGUCGGCUGAAGCGAUCCAACAUGCCAAAGCUUGGGGGCAGGAGUGGAUUUGGUGAAAGAAAUGCUACCUGUGGCCGAAUGAUCUGUGAUGUGGAAAUUUCAGCAAAGGAAUUGAUUCGUUGUAAAAGCUACCAUUUGUCUGAACUUGUUCAACAGAUUCUGAAAACUGAAAGGGUUGUAAUCCCAAUGGAAAAUGUACGAAAUAUGUACAGUGACUCUUCUCGUCUGUUGUACCUGUUGGAACACACCUGGAAAGAUGCCAGGUUCAUUUUGCAGAUCAUGUGUGAGCUAAAUGUUCUUCCAUUAGCAUUGCAGAUCACUAACAUCGCUGGGAACAUUAUGUCUAGGACGCUGAUGGGUGGACGAUCCGAGCGUAAUGAGUUCUUGUUGCUUCAUGCAUUUUAUGAAAACAACUAUAUUGUGCCUGACAAGCAGAUUUUCAGAAAGCCUCAGCAAAAACCGGGAGAUGAAGAUGAAGACAUUGAUGGAGAUACCAAUAAAUACAAAAAAGGACGUAAGAAGGCAGCUUAUUCUGGAGGCUUGGUAUUGGACCCCAAAGUUGGUUUUUAUGAUAAGUUCAUUUUGCUUCUGGACUUCAACAGUUUGUAUCCUUCCAUCAUUCAGGAAUUCAACAUUUGUUUUACAACGGUGCAAAGAGUUGCUUCAGAGGCACAGAAAGUUACAGAGGAUGGAGAACAAGAACAGAUCCCUGAGCUGCCAGAUCCAAGCCUGGAAAUGGGCAUUUUGCCCAGAGAGAUCCGGAAACUGGUAGAGCGGAGAAGACAAGUCAAACAGCUAAUGAAACAGCAAGAUUUAAAUCCAGACCUUGUCCUUCAGUAUGAUAUUCGACAGAAGGCUUUGAAGCUCACGGCAAACAGUAUGUAUGGCUGCCUGGGAUUUUCCUACAGCAGAUUUUAUGCCAAACCACUGGCUGCUUUGGUGACAUACAAAGGAAGGGAGAUUUUGAUGCAUACGAAAGAGAUGGUGCAGAAGAUGAAUCUUGAAGUUAUUUAUGGAGAUACAGAUUCAAUUAUGAUCAACACCAAUAGCACCAAUCUGGAAGAAGUGUUUAAAUUGGGAAACAAGGUGAAAAGUGAAGUGAAUAAGUUGUAUAAACUACUUGAAAUAGACAUUGAUGGCAUUUUCAAGUCCCUGCUACUGCUGAAGAAAAAGAAGUACGCUGCUCUGGUUGUUGAGCCAACAGUGGAUGGGAAUUACGUCACCAAACAGGAGGUGAAAGGAUUAGAUAUAGUUAGAAGAGAUUGGUGUGAUCUUGCUAAAGACACUGGAAACUUUGUCAUUGGCCAGAUACUUUCGGAUCAAAGCCGGGACACCAUAGUGGAAAACAUUCAGAAGAGGUUAAUAGAAAUUGGAGAAAAUGUGCUAAAUGGCAGUGUCCCAGUGAGCCAGUUUGAAAUUAACAAGGCGUUGACAAAGGAUCCCCAGGAUUAUCCUGAUAAAAAAAGCCUACCUCAUGUACAUGUUGCCCUCUGGAUAAACUCUCAAGGAGGCAGAAAGGUGAAAGCUGGAGAUACUGUGUCGUAUGUCAUCUGUCAGGAUGGGUCAAACCUCACUGGGAGUCAGAGGGCCUAUGCACCCGAGCAGCUGCAGAAGCAGGACAAUUUAAGCAUUGACACCCAGUACUACCUGGCCCAGCAGAUCCACCCAGUUGUGGCUCGAAUUUGUGAGCCAAUAGAUGGAAUUGAUGCUGUCCUCAUUGCAACGUGGUUAGGACUUGACGCCACCCAAUUUAGAGUUCAUCAUUAUCACAGAGAUGAAGAGAAUGAUGCUCUCCUUGGUGGCCCAGCACAGCUCACGGAUGAAGAGAAAUACAGGGACUGUGAAAGGUUCAAAUGUCCAUGCCCUAUAUGUGGAACUGAGAAUAUUUAUGAUAGCGUCUUCGAUGGUUCGGGAACCGAUAUGGAGCCCAGCUUGUAUCGUUGCAGUAACAUCGAUUGUAAGGCUUCGCCUCUGACCUUUAUGGUACAGCUGAGCAACAAAUUGAUCAUGGACAUUAGACGAUGCAUUAAAAAAUACUACGAAGGCUGGUUGAUUUGUGAGGAGCCAACAUGUCGAAAUCGAACUCGGCACCUUCCCCUUCAGUUCUCCCGAAAUGGACCUCUUUGCCAAGUCUGCAUGAAAGCUACACUUCGACCAGAGUAUUCUGAUAAGUCCCUGUACACCCAGCUGUGCUUUUACCGGUACAUUUUUGAUGCGGAGUGUGCACUGGAGAAACUUAUUACCGAUCAUGAGAAAGCACAAAUGGAAUUUAUCCUCUCUCCAUCUCGAGUCCCUCCCCCCCUCCACUGGCUUUGCUUGUGAAUGAAAGGGACUCCCACUAUGACUACAGGACAGAUGGCAGCUGUAUAUGUUGUAUUUGAUGUAUUUUGAAGUGAACCAUAUUUUUAAAUUCAAGGCCAACGGAUGGGCUAUUUUGAGGGUGGCAGUAACACUAUACUUAAAGCCUGCUCCACUUCCACAGAAUUUAUUUAGACUUUUAAAACUGCAUAAAUAAAUAACCUAUAAUCUGUGCUCAAAAUAAUUGAGUUGUGAUCUAUUAGAUGUAUUGCAAAAAUAAUAAAAGCAACUCAGGUUUCUGGACUGCCUUUCUUCUAAAGAAUGUAUGUUUAUUUAUCUUUAUACUAUCUCUAAUGGAUUUUUCUCUCCAUAUCUAUUAUAUCAUCAGACUCUAAGCCUUAUGAAGACAGGCAUUUUUAAAAUUUAUUAUUUUGUUUGUUAUAUUCCACAUAAGAGUAAAAUCAUAUGGUCUUUCGCCAUCUGACUUAUUUCACUUAGCAUAAUACCCUCAAGAUCCAUCCAUGUUGUUGCAAAUGGCAAGAUUUUGCCCUUUUUUAUGGCUGAGUAGUAUUCCAUUGUAUAUAUAUACACCACAUCUUCUUUCUCCAUUCAUCCAUUGAUGGUUGUUUCCUUGUCUUUCUUGGCUAUUGUAAAUAAUGCUGUGAUGAACAUAAGGGUGCAUAUAUCUUUUUGUAUUCUUUUCGUAUUCUUUGGGUAAAUAGAAGUGAGAUAGCUGGAUCAUAUGGUACUUCUAUUGUUAAUUUUUUGAGGAAUCUCCAUACUGUCUUCCAUGGUGGCUAAGGCAGGCUUUUUUUUUUUUUUUUUUUUUUUUUGCGGUAUGCGGGCCUCUCACUGUUGUGGCCUCUCCCGUUGCGGAGCACAGGCUCCGGACGCGCAGGCUCAGCGGCCAUGGUUCACAGGCCCAGCUGCUCCGCGGCAUGUGGGAUCUUCCCGGACCGGGGCAUGAACCCGUGUCCCCUGCAUCGGCAGGCGGACUCUCAACCACUGCGCCACCAGGGAAGCCCAAAG